AUGGAUGGAUUUACAGAAGCUCUAGGUGAAGAGCCUAGGCCUGCGAAGAACAGACCGGGCUCGCCAGACAGUCUACAUUCAAGAUCGUCCUCAGGAACCAAGCACUCCCUGCAGGACCGCCUAUUGACCAAAUUAAUCCAGCAGGUCAUUCCUGGAGAGAAUGACGAUGAAAGUGAAUCAUCGGACAAGGCGGCCGCCUCUCCUACCAAACCGGCCUUCAGUCUUCCCGUGAUGGGAAACAACUUUCGUCGCUUUAAUGCAAGAAUCGGGGUGGUAUUCUUGUUCCAGGAUCGCGUGGAGCGACUCCUCACCUGGGAUACCCCAUCUCACACCGUAUCGCUUCUGUUCGUCUACUCCUUCAUUUGCUUGGAGCCUCAUCUGCUGCUGGUACUUCCUUUGGUGGUCCUCUUACUAUUCAUCAUGGUGCCGGCCUUUGUGACUCGUCACCCUCCCCCACCAAACACCUCCACUUCAAGUACUACUCCUUACUAUUCGUACGAUGGACCGGCGCUGGCGCCGGCCACGACGAUCAAACCUGCUCCGGAGACGUCGAAAGACUUUCUUCGGAAUUUGAGAGAUCUGCAGAACUGCAUGGCUGAUUUCUCGGAUGUUCAUGAUGCGGUCAUCAAUGUCAUUGCGCCUUUGACUAAUUUCUCUAACGAGAAGCUCUCCUCAACACUGUUUCUGGGCUGCACCGUAGCCAUCGUGGUACUGUUCGUGGGCGCACAUCUUCUACCGGUGAAGCUUGUGAUGCUUCUCGGUGGGAACGCAGCGAUUUUAUCAAUCCACCCCACCGUGGGGCAGUUCUUCCAAGCGAUGAUGCAAGAUAUGGCCGGGGAAUCCAGGGACAUGGACUCCGAAGACGACAAAAAGGAUGGCUUUGCUUCUUCAGUUCCCUCAGAUCCAACCGAGGCAAUGUCGGCAAUGGAAAAGCUGGCGGACAUUUCAUUAGAUACAUACCCUGAAGAACGUGAAGUGGAAAUCUUUGAAGUGCAACACCGCGCUGCAGGAACCUCCGAGUCCGGCUGGGAGAGCUUCCUCUUCAGCCAUGCGCCUUACGACCCACUCUCACCAUCUCGAAUUGCGGGGGAUCGGCCACGAGGAUGUCGAUUCUUCGAGGACGUUCGAUCCCCGCCGGGCUGGGCUUGGAAGAGCAAGAAAUGGGAGCUUGAUCUAGACUGUCGGGAGUGGGUUGUGGAGCGUAUGAUCACCAGGGUUGGAUUCGAGGUUCCAGGUGUGACAGCCGAAGGCAAUGCUAUUGUUGGCGAGGUCGGUGGCUGGGUAUGGGAUCUACCGCCGAAUCAUUCACCGGAUGAUGACGAAGAAAUGUCACUCGCCUACGGUGACUUGCCGCCGGACACACCCACCCCACAGGAGAAGGGCAAAGAGGACGAUACACCCAAACUCCGAGACUGGGAGGAAGGCACGGCUUCUCAUGGUGUGGGAGAAUGGAGACGCCGACGAUGGGUACGGAUCGUGCAACGAGUCAGCCUUCCACCGGCGGGUUCUGUCACGUACUCGACACUAAGCAGCCGGACGAAGUAG